GCGGGCCAGCAAGCGCGCGCCAGUCCUCUCUCGACCACCGCGCCCGCCACCCGCGCCGCGCCACGCGACUACGCUCGCGCCACUAACCCAUGGACUACGAUCGACCAAACGAACACACACUUUAUACCACCAACUUCUAUAUUUCUUUUAUCACUCAAACCUUUUCGAUAAAAUAACGAACGACCGCGCCACUUCGGAAUAUGACACUCAAAGUCAGUUGCUGCAACUUUUACCGACUUUCAAAUAAUCCAAGUGAUUGACACAUCCCGCGAAUUUUCAGCACAACCUACAUUUAACGUUUAUUUUAACCUCAUAAUGCAUCUCAAAGCAAAAUCCUACCGGAACCUAUUUAUACACAAGAAACGACUGAAACUUUCUACUUGCAACCUUUAAAAAGUUUACACGUGAUUUUGAAAGACAAUUUACACGAUUUUAUAAUAGUUUUGGACAUUAUUUUUAUCCUUUCAUAACCUCCUUGACAGAACAAUAAGUGUGACCAAAGACAUUAAAACUACAUAAUUACUUAGUCUUAUUAUUAAAAUCUAGAACUGUAUUUAUAAAGUGUGCUUUUCCUCAGUGUAGAAAGACAAAAUUAUAAGUGUGACUUUAUAUAUAAGCUGUUUGACAAUAUAAUUAGUGGGUGUUUUAGUGUUUUGUUGAUGCGUUUUUAGAAAUUAUUACCUUUCAUUGGUUGACGAUGCGUUGUAUGGAUUUGUGGCUGACGUCACGUGAAGAAAGUUCCUCCUUACCUAAUUCAUGGCUCAAAAUCCUUCCCUAAAAACAUUCCUUAAACUCUUGUAAAUCACUAAGCAAAAAGGAAAUACCAAAAACAUUCCACUACUCCGAUCGUUUUAAGUUUUAACCUGGGACUUCGCGGAACAUUUCUGCAGCAAGAAAAAAAUAAUAGAGAGAUAAUACACGACGGAAGGAGUAAGGUGAAAAGACGCGCUGAACCUCUUCGGAGGGCGCGAGGGGCCGGCGCGAUGCGGUCUCGCCAGGGAUGUACGUAAUAUAUCCUGCGGACGAAGUAGUUUCCCUGACAUACAUAUCGAAUUCGCUGCCCAGGCCCCGGCAGCGGCCCACUCUCGACGUGCUGGUCGGGCCGCCGCCUCCGCCACCGUCCACCCCCUCCACCGCCCCCGCCCCACCCCGCGCCUCGCCACUCCCCAAAACGGCGCCCCCGGAGCCCCCGGAGCGCGCGCCGGCCUCGCCGACGCCGUCGCUCGACCGCUCGGCCAAGCCGCGCGAGCGCACCAAGGCCAAGUUCCUCAAGAAACUCGGGCGCCACGAGGACAAUGAGUUCGGAAAGAUAGUUAGGACCCCCGCUCCAGAUGAAUUCGAGCUCCCGGCCCCGCUACCCACUCCCGCGUUCUCGCGUAAGAACAUCUUCGACCGCGACUUCGACGCUCUGUUCGAAGUGGCGAGUUCGCCGCAGUUCACGGCCAACAUCCGCGUGACGACCCCUGAGCCGGACCACAGCCCGGAUGUGUCGGCGGCGCACUUUCCGUCCCCCGCGCCGUCGCAGCUGAGCCUGCUGCCGCCGCGGCCCUACUCCGAGCCCAGUCCCUCGCCCACGUUCUCCGCCCGCGCCUCCACGCCCUCCACGCCGACGCUGCAGCGAUCGUCUUUCGAAGGAUCGAAUUCUAAACCGAAGAAGGUCAGCUUCUUCCGGCGCAAGUUCAGCCGGUCGCGCGAAGGCACGCCGUCGAACUACAACAUGCAGCCACAGCCUUCCAUGGAGAUGGUCCUGCGGGACCUCACGCACCCCGCACACACUGAACAACUAAAAAACCAACAGCAAGUCACCUUCAAACUGGUUAAAACUGUGGCUGACUUCACGACGCAGCUGUCACAAGUGUACGAGCGGCACUCGGCUGAGCUGCAAGUACUCGUUGCUAACUUCAGGAAGCGGAGCAGCGAGCUGAGAAAAGAGAGAGCGACCUGUCCAUCAUCUCUGUUCCACACGUGGGAGACGUUUCUCCAGGAGGUUGAAGCCGACGUGCUGGGGUAUAGCAACGCGUCGCAAGCGCUGGAGCGAGUGGUGGCGACGCCGCUCAUUGACCGCACCUUCCAUCUCAAGGUCCAAGCCAGGAAGCUCUUCGCUCACCGGGAAGGCUGCGAAGUUAUCCUGGCUAAGGCAGAUGAUCAGCUUAUAAAGAGCCGUCAAGAGUACCGUCUGGCGUUCCUGAACUACUGCAACACUCCGAGCCCGGCUGCGCUUGCGACGUACUACGACAGCCACAACAACUAUGUACAGCAGCUCACGGCCACGAAUGCCAUGCUCGACCAGUACCACAAGCACACACUGCCCACUAUAUUACAGGAAUUAGAAGAAAUAUUAACGGACGUCACAACAGCAGUCAGCGAAGCAAUUUGUCACGAAGGAGAAAUUAUUUCGGAAAAGUGCACCGGCCAACUCCGCCGCUACGAGUCGCUGUGCGCGCAGGCCCGCGCAGUGUCCAGUACAGCGGACCUUGCGCACCUUGCGCGCGCACUACUGACUGCGCAGCCGCCGGGACGGCCGCCGAAACGCGCGUUCCUGCCGCCCUACCCGCCUGAGCCGGACGAUCCGCCGCUUGAUGUCCCUGCGGAAAGCAUGCCUCCCGUGCUUCGAGGUGAAAUGCUUCUAGACCGGAUGGGAGGUGCGCAGGCGCGGCUCAGCUUCGAACAGCUCAGGAAAGACGCACUGGACCUUGAGUUGCAGAUUAAACAGUUGCAGGACAGCUUAGAUGGGUUAUCGCGUCAUCAGCAACGAGGACUUGAACAAAACCUCUUCAACAAAGUCAACGAAAUUCAAGAGGAGAUUUCAAUUAAGAAAUAUGACUACAGAGCCACACAGCUUCAUUUAGCUGCAGUAAGAGCUCAGAGAGAGCUAUUUGCGGCUAAAGCGGACAGCGGCGCAGCGGCAGAUCGGAAGCUCUCGUCGUCCUCAGCUGGGAGCAUGAAGAAUAAGUGGCUCAAGGCGUUUCGAAGCCUAAAGCCCCCUAGUGCCCCACCACCUCACGCCGCACCGCCUGACAAGAGGAAUGGCGCGGCACGAGAAGCGAUGCGCGCGGGUGAAUCAGACGCCCACAAUUUUCAAGAAUACACCUACAAGAAGAUCACACCAUGCGACGUUUGCUCACAGGUUCUUAGAGGACACACAAGGCAGGGACUACGAUGCAGGUUGUGUAAGAUGAACGUGCACACAGAUUGCUUGCCGCAAGUUGGUAAAUGCCAGACGAAAUCGCGACUCUUGCGCAGACAGAAGAGCACCUCCGAGAUCGAGGCCCAUAGGGUCCAAGAAACUGCUUUCGAGGAAGAAAAGGAGGAAGUGGAUCAGACCUACCAAGUUCUGAAGCGGGCCAACGAAAUCGCCAAGCCGGGCGGCGGCGGGGAGUCGCGUGGGGGCCCGGUAGUGCGCGUGUCGGCGCCGGCGCCGGACGAGGCGCCGCCGGCGCGCUCCCCGGCCAGGCCCACCGCGGGGCUCGCCGUGGCGCCGCAACCCAUCUCCUCUAGCUCAGCGCCACACUCGCCGAGACGACAAAAGUUGAACCUUAGGAUGAAGAGCCUUUCGCUGGACUCCCCGGAGUGCGGCGAGCUGCGCCGCCGACCACCGGCGCGUGAGCCCGCCACCGCGCAGGGCAGUCGCGUCCUCUCACCAUCAUCGCCGGUGCACAGCAGGCGCCUGCUGAGCGCCCGUGGAGGCCGCAUGAGCAGCGUGGAGCUCCCUGAUGAGCCUGACAAAAGCCUAUCAUCGAACAGUGCCAGCCCCUGCCCCUCGCCGGUAAAACAGCCUAGCAAGCAUCAACGUCUGCUGCCGACAAACUUGUAUGUAAUUCUAUACAACUUUAAAUCGCGUCAUGCGGAUGAACUGGAUCUGAAAGCCGGGUACAAGGUGACCGUCAUCGAUACUUCCGAUCCUGAUUGGUGGAAGGGCAAAUGCUUGGGCAAGAUCGGAUACUUUCCCUCUAAGUACUGCACGAAGCUUCAGGCUGGGGAAAGACCUCUUCAGGUUACUCAUAACCUACAGGUGUCCGACGGCGACAACGGCUUGAUGCUCCUCAGAGAUCAGAUAGUGAUCCAAGUUGGCGACGAGGUCGAUGGCAUGGUCAUGAUCCGCUCCGGUGACAACCGCCAGGGGGUGUGUCCUAUCAAGUUCCUUCAGGAGGUGUGACGCUUUCAUCUGCCUGUCUUCUAUUACUUGAAGAAACGUGGAUCGCUAUCUGAAGAGACUUUACCUGCCUAUGACCCGAAACCUGUGAGGAGUGCCCCUGUGACGCCUUCUGACAGCGAAAUGUCUACAUGGCCGGACAAAAGUUGGGGGAGAGCGAGCCAGGCUUCGACAUCGACGUCAGACAAGGCAAACUAUGAUUCGUCGGAAGGAGUAUGGUGGUGGCGUCGGCCGCUCGAUGUCCGUAGAACCCAGUGCCGUCGUUGUGGGGCCAACUCCUCUACCAGACCCCUAAGGAUGAUGCCGUGUAUCGGCGUGGCGCAGGAGGAAAUCGAAGCGCGUCGCCCCCUCAUGUCUCGUGACCGCCCCCUGCUUUUCGUCAGGCAGUUGUUUCUAUAGAUUUAGUUCCCUAGAGCGUCUAUGUUAUCGGCGUUUCAAUGUAACGCGCCUUAUCGUAACUAACGCCCCAUACAAAAGUUACAAUAGAAUAUCGUAAAUAAAACUACAUUAGAUUAUUAGUAACUGUCAGUGAUUCGGUGUUAACUGACAUAGGUACUUUAAAUAAAGUAAAUUAGCCAUAGUUAACAAGGUAAUUUUUUUGUGUGAAUUGGCCUAUGAUUUAUGAGUAAAAUUCGGUCCCUCCAUAUUUAUAUCAAAACACCAAACUUUAUUUAUUACUUAAAUUAUUAUGUCAAAUAUAUUGUGCUAUAAUAUCAUACAUACUUAUUACAAAAAUAUGAAAGAUAGAUAACGCGUGAAAAUGAGGGUAGGAAAUAUGAAUUGAAACAUCGAUGUUUGUGGUACUUACUUGUCAUUAUGGACUGUUCCCGGCUCAAGUUUCACGGUUAUCUAAGUCCACACAAAGAAUUAUAUACUUGUGACAUAUCAUUUUUUGAAUAUUUACUAUAUUUAUUGAUUUAAUUGUGAUAUAAGGUAAUUAGUUAGGCACUAUUGAAGCAUGUUUUGGAAGAGUUUAAUUGUUUUAAUUUUCACUCUGAAUUAUAUUUAUAAAUAUAUAUUAUAAUAUAUAAGCACAGAAGUAUAUUUUGUUAAGCUUAUAAAUAUAUCUUAUGCUAAAUAUUUCGUUUGCAUUUCAAAGCAUAGGUAUUAUAAAGCAAAGCCAUGCAAAACUAUGAAACAUGCGAUACUAUUAAAGACUCCUUAUAUUGUUUCGCUUAGCAGAAACUAACAUCUUAGAGUAUUAUUAGCUUAGUAAAAUCAUAAUUUCUAGGACACUGUAAUUUGGUAUCUUUAGGAGUAAAAAAAUAUCGAUCUAUCAGAAGUGUUUUUUCUAGUUUAUAUUCAGUUGAAGUGUUUUUGAACACUUUUAGAUAGAUACUGUAGAACCUCAAAGUAUAAUUUGACUUGCGGUCGAUCAAGAAAAUUUUCAUCCAAGAAAAUUUGAGUAAAUUAGAUGUAACAGAAAUAUUAUGUAAAAAAAGUACCUACGAAACGCAAUAGUAAAAAGAAAUAGUACUUACCUCUAGAACAUAAAAUUACUUGCCAAUUGCAGAAUAAAUGACUUAGACCUAAGUAGUCGCUGAGCCAUGUCAUAGACUAUUACGGCUCACUAAUAACCCUGACACCAGGGAUGAUGAGGGUGGUUGACCUCACAAGGUCACAACCCACACGAUAAAAAAAGAUAAACAUCGAACACAUUCAUAAUACGGCAGAAACAAAAAUUAAACAAAAUAAUGUUAACUGCAGUUAUCUUUAGACAUAUAGAUAAGAAAUGGUGCUGCGCCGCCAUUUUUUAAACUUAUAGAAGACGCACUAUAAGUUUCGGAAAGAAUGUUAGCACUCUGUACUAAGUAGCCAACACUAUUUAGGUUAGGUACUCAGUACACAUACGGUUACGCUAAUAUAAUACUUGUAAAGGUAAUAUUCCUAAUUUUGUCUUCGUUGUCCUUUCGACCAACCUUCUGUCUGAACUUUAGAUAUUUAGUUAAAACAUUAUAAGCCGUCCCCUUGAAGUUUUAAGUGUAACUGCGAGUGUAAAUUUUACAUUACCCAUAGAAUAACCAAAUUAAUGUAAGGCAUAUUAUAUAUUGUUCGUAAGAAGAUAUUUAUACGGACUUAAUGGAAUACUUUGACAAAAUAAAUCGAAUUUCGUUGUUGAAAGUUGAAACAUAAGUAAUUCUGGUAUUUAUAAAAUUCGCAGCGUACAGAUUAUUCAAUGUACAUCGGUUCAAAUAUUAUACAGGGUGUUAGUGACAUGGUAACGAAAACUUUGAGGGAUGAUUCAGGCCAUGAUUCUGAGUUGAUAUCAAGUGGAAUUUUCCGUCGCAAAAGUAUGGAAUGGAAAAUAAUUUUAAAAAACACAACAAAAAUUAUGAAUUUUCCGACAGGAAAUUCCACUUGAUAUCAACUCAGAAUCAUGGCCUGAAUCACCCCCCUCAGUAUUUGUUACGGUGUCACUAACACCCAUACUUACUUGUAUGGCUACCUGUAUGUACUGGUACAGGGUGUAAGUGACAUCGUAACGAAUACUGAGGGAGCUCAUUUAGCUCAUUAUUCUGAGUUAAUAUCAAGUGGAAUUUUCGAUCGCAAAAGUAUAGAAUUGAAAGUAAUUAAAAAAAUAAUGAAAAAAAUCAUGAAUUUUGCGACGGAAAAUUCCACUCGAUUUUAACUCAGAAUCAUGGUCUGAAUCAUCCCCCUCAGUAUUCGUUACGAUGUCACUAACACCCAGUAUAAAUAUUAAUAGGCAACAUAAUAGAGGUAAAACCGACACAUAACAUAUUUUUCCCAUGAGUAUAUUAUUAAAUACUACAGAAAUAUAAUACAUAUUUAUGUCACCAAAAAUGAUAUUUUUAUGGAAAAGCACAGCUUAUAAUAGGUGUACGGUAGAAUUAAAGUAUAGAGAUUAAAAAAUAGUAUUAUAUUACAUAAUACGUACCUACUCAUAGUAACUGAAUGUGUGUUAGGUGCCUAGUACCUGCCCUGAAGUUUUGCUAAUAUACACGCGACGUACCUACCUACAGAUAGCAACUAAAUAUUAACAUGAAUGAAUAUGUUAAUCGUAUGUUUAUUCAACGCCGAAAUUAGUUUUUUUACGUGUUUUACCCGCACAGUGAGUAUAUUUUCAAUAAAUACUAAAUUAUGUAUCUUGAAAGAUGCUUUUUGCACUCCAUAGUUAUGGAAUAUUUCGGUUAAGCUACCUACUUAAAUAUAUUUUUUCACACGCUCACGAGUUUGAUUAUAUUUUACAAGCAAAUAGUUUCAAGCUAAACAUACUUUUUAUACUUACGUAUUUUGUGUACCUAUUUCCAAAGAGGGUAACCUUAGCAAAACGGAACCAAAUUAUUACCUAAAAUAUUUAUUGUGAUAGGUGAUAGGGAUACCUAACGAUACCCAAGUGAGAUGUUUAUAAUGUAACUAAAUGGAUAUUUUAAUAAUAUACACGUGAUGAGAUUAUAAAUUAGUUAUUAUAUGCAUUAUACGAGGCCUUUCCUCAACAAUGCAAUGAACUAGGUAUUUGAGGAUGCGAUGGGUUUGGGCGAGGAAAAUAAGCUAAACAAUAAAGAGUAAUAAACAAUUUUAAAGUACGUACCUAUGUUAUAAAAAUAAGUUUUCAAAAUAUUUUUUUUUAUGUUCUCCACUUGGCAGUUUUUCUAUUAAGUUGUUUUUUGGUCAGCAAAAAGAAAUUUAAUUAUGUACCUACUUAUAUGUUUUAUACUAUACUCUUUUUUGCCAAACUGUACCUUAUAUUUCUUUUAUUUUUACGUCUCUUUAAUAGUUUUAUUAAAUUAAAAGUAGAUUUUUAA